UUUCUUGGCUACAACACAGGGGAGGACCUUGUUAAAGUAUCAGGAAGCAAUCAAUAUCUUUUCCCAUCUGAUGGAGGACAGAUUCAUGUAGAGAAGAUAGAGUUUGUAAAAGGUCUAACUUUGGUAAAGGUGAAAGUGGUAAAGGACAACCACAAUUUCUUCAUUCAUAUCACAGACCCCAAGAAAAACCUGGAGGAAAUCAAAGUGCAAGAAAGUAGCGAAAAACAGAAAAUGAGAUCAGGAAAAUUGAAAAAUCAAAAGCAAGCUGUGAGCAAGUUUGGAUCUUUUUCAGCCACCUUGGAAAAUGGAAUCCAGCUGUCCCUGAGCUAUUACGGACCUACAGGGAAGACAGCAGAUGAUGAAACAGAUCCUGUCUUAGCAAGAAUUCUGAACAUCCCUUCUGUUCAUAUUCCGACCAUAGUUUCUUCAGUUACAUCAGCUUCGGGGAAAAAAGAUAACCCCAUCAAACAAAAAUCAGGAAAACUGCUGCCAUUUGCAAAAACAAGCCAUAGCAACACAGGAGCUUCACCACCUGAUGACCUGGUAAAGCAAGAAGAAGGAAAGAUGGAGAUGGAAGCAUCAAUGAUGUCAAAUGUUCUUGCUUUCCCAAGUUUGAACGUCUCCUGUCCCAAUGGACUUGUAUUAACUUUUCUUGGUGAAAGUUUUGGAGAUUUGAAAGGUGAACCUGCUACAGCUGCAGCUGAGAAAGAGGUUGUAAAGAAAAGUGAGGCCAAAGCUGAGGAAAAGGACGUUGAGAAAGGUGAGGCUGAACGAAAUGGAGCAAAGGACGAAGAGUUUGUGGAAAGUGAGGAGAAGGAACAUGAGGUUGCAGAAGGCGAAAUAAGGCAUGAAGACAUCAGAAGAGAACAGGCCAAGCAGCCUACUCUGGAAAUUCUGGUUAGGCAGAGUUAUCCCCAAAAGGUAAAGAACUCUCGUCUAUAUACAUCUGUGGCAAGGCAAUCAGAACAAGAGGUGUCAAGAGUUAUCACCAGUGAAGGAACUGUCGUAAAGUACAUGAUGGAUGGAUCUACCCAGAUUCUGUUUGCUGAUGGCACAGUGAGUAGGAGUCCCGAUUCUGGCCCUGUCCUACCAAAGCCUACAAUUCUAUGUAACAUGCAACUGUUACCAGAAUCAGAGCCUUCAUCUGAGACCAAUACUAAGACAGGAAAAGGCAGUGACAGAAUCAGCACAUCACACCCAAACAAGGAUGCGUUGUUUGAAAAUACUAUUCAGAAUCUGGUUAAUUCUGAGCAACCUGAGGAGAACCGAGCAGGAACUUGGAUAACAACAACUCCAUCAGGCGUUCAAGUGGGGACUGAGGGAGCAAGGAGAAUAGAACUGAGGCCACUCUUAAUGUAUGAGGCAACUGACCCAUCUGAUGGAACGGUUAUGACUGUACGAGAUGAUGAAGUGAUAAUUGUUGAGAAGCUGGAUGGUAGCAGAGUAGUAGAUCAUGCUGAUGGUACUAGGAUCACAACAUUUUAUAAAAACUCUGCAGAACCUCUUGUUCACAAUGAUAGUGAGGAAACAGAUGAACCCUCAGAAGCGAUCACAAGGAAGGUGAAAUGUGUGCAAGUAGAGAAUCCUGAAUUUGCUACUGUUACAACAAAUUGUGAGGAUGGUACCUGUUGUACAAUCUUUGGAGAUGGAACAUCUAUUAUAGCAAAGCCACAGGGAACAUAUCAGGUUUUACCAAUCAAGACAGGCUCUCUUUUCAUUGACAAAGAUUGCUCAGCAGUUUACACCCAUGAAGGUUGUAAUUCAAUCAGCAAGAAAGAAGAGAAACAAGCAGGGAGAUACAUUAUGAAACACACCUCCAGCACCGUUUGUGAGAUGGUGGAUCCUGAAGGAAAUAUUUUUAAGGUAAUGGCUGAUGGCAGCACAUCUGUGUAUGUUCCUAGCAUUGGCUCUAGCGACAAGGAAGACAGAAGUUCAGCAUCAGCAGUCCCAGAAGUUAACAAACCUAUUACUUCUGAUGAGCAUGUGCCCAGGUUCUUCAUCAUCUACAAGGAUGGUUCUGGAACCGAGCUCCUGAGGAGCAAGGAUGUACACAAGUAUCUUGCUGAAGUCUAUAGUGAUUCCACUGCUGCUGUCUUGCAGGAUCCUGUACAGGAAUGUCCAGGUGCUUUAAGUAUUAUUAUUCUCCGCCCUUUGGCUGAAACCUCCCCCUGGGUAAUGAAGAAAGAACCAGAGACUAUUGUUCCUCCAAAUCUUCAGUCAACAACCUGGGGCACAUUUUCUCCUCUUGAGAGGAAGAUCACAGAUCCCUCAGUCAGAACAUGGGGUUGGAGGGGUCUCUGCACUGGAUCCAAAGAGCAGGCAUGGUUGCCGGUACCUGUGCGGAAGUGUCCUAAUAAGCUGCAAAUCCGUCAGCUAUUCCAGUAUGAGCCACUCAGUGAUGAACUAAGAGAAAAGCUGCAGCUUUCCCUCAAGGAAUAUAUGGACAACAUUUUAAAGCAGGAAAAUGAGCUGGAAAAAAUGAAUGUAAAAGAACCAAGAACAGAAGAGGAAAAGGAGAAAGCUGCAAGUCUUCUUGAACUGGUUACA